UGAGUUGCAGCUGCAGCAGAUCACUGACAGCAGAGGAGUCGCGCUGACGCUUCACGAUGGCUCUGAGGCGCGCGUUUGUAUUCAGUAUAUGGAUUAUUACAGUGAUAUGGACCGCCGCGCGCGCGGACGCGAGGAAACCGGACGAGUUCUUCAGCGGGAGCGUUUACCGCGCGAGAUGCGCGUCGCGAUGUCUCAGCUUGCACAUCACGCGCAUUUCUGCUGUUUUCAAACAAUUCCAGAGCAAUGGAUCAUUGGUGUGGUGUCAGAAUCAUAAGCAGUGCUCAAAGUGUCUGGAACCUUGCAGGGCAUCAUGGGACCUGAAGGAGAACCAGUGUCAGGACUUGUGUGAGAAGCUCUUUCCAAAGAAACACUAUGAAUGUCUGACGAGCUGCGAGUUUCUUCGUUCCGUCGAGAUGGUGAAACAAGGUGACUGUCCACCAGCGGAGCGAGCGAGCGGUUUUGCAGCGGCCUGCGUUGAGAGCUGUGAUGCGGAUGCAGAAUGUUCUGCUCUGAAGAAGUGCUGCUCCAACGGCUGUGGACACACCUGUCAGAACCCAAAGAACCUCUAUAAAGGAGCUCCAUUGAAACCGAGGAAGGAGUUGUUGUUUUUGGAGCAGGCUUCCGGACAGCUGGAGAUCCGCUGGUCUUCUAGAUUCAACAUCUCAGUAGAGCCCGUGCUGUAUGUGCUCCAGCGGCGAUGGAACUUCGGCAUCCACCCCAGUGAAGAUGACGCCACCCAGUGGCAGGACGUCGCACAGAUCACUGAAGAGCGCAUCCUGUUGACCGACAUCAGGCCCAGCAGGUGGUACCAGUUCCGUGUGGCAGCGGUCAAUGUUCACGGCACACGUGGAUUCACGCCCCCUAGCAAACACUUCCGCUCUUCCAGAGAUCCAUCUCCACCUCCCGCCCCAUCUAGACUGAGAGUGACUAACAUCACUGUAGGUCCAGACGGUCUGCUGACGGCCCGACUCAACUGGACUCUUCCUGUGGAGCCAGACAUCCCCGUCCACCACUACAAAGUGUUCUGGAGCUGGACCGUCCCGGGAAGCUCUCCCGUGCCUGCCAAGAGAAAGAGGAGAAAGACCACCAGCGGGGCCAGGAGUUCUGUAGAUCUGGAGGGUCUUCUGUCGAACUGCAGUUACACUGUGGAGGUUCAGGCCAUCAACUACUGGGGUCAAGUGAGACUGAAGAGCGCAAAAGCAUCCAUUCACUUCAACACACAGGAAAACAACGAGUCAAAGUCAGCAUCUAAGGUGAGGAAAGUAGAGUUUCUUCCAGUCCGUUCUGUGUCUGUGAAAAGACCCUCAAGCGCUCUGGAAGUUGGUACACCAUAUUACCAAGACAGGCAACUACAGAUCCGCAUCUACUGGAAGAAGAGAGCAGAGCCAUUCGUGAACCGUUACCACGUUCAGUGGACGCCUGAAAACUGCAGCCACAACCAGACCAGAGGACCGGAGAAAUCAGUCACUCAGGAGAACUACAUCAAUCUACCACAUCUGCUCUUCUCCUGCAAGUACAGAGUGACUGUUCACACGCUGAAUGCCAAACAACGUUUUAAAGAUGAGAGCACCACCUUCAUAACGCCGUCCUGCGUGACACUCAGGAGCAAGAGCAUGAAACAUAUUGCCUGUCCUGGAGACAUGACAACAUCAAAAGUUUUGGCAAAACCUGAAAAUCUGACCGCAUCAUUCACCUUCUAUGGUGGCAAUGUGACAGCUCACUUCCUCUGGAGGGUGUCGCAUCCACAACCACAUCAGCCAAUCACAGGCUUCCAGGUCACAUGGGCAGAGGUUACCACGGAGAGCCGUCAGAACAGUCUGCCAAACAGCAUCAUUUCACAGUCGCAGAUUCUGCCACCUGAUCAUAAUCUGCUGGUGGUGUCAAACCUUCGAGCGGCUUCAUUCUACAGGUUAGAGGUUCAGGUGAUCACGGCCGCUGGAGAAGGUCCUGCGACAAUGAAGAUCUUCCAGACGCCGAACCGACCACCACUACAGCAAAAAUCUCGACAUCAUCAGAAGUCUGCCAUGGAGAAACACUGAACACGUCAGAAACACGCAACUCACCGUGCAGCCGUUGAUCGACGCUCUAGUCGAGGAAACGGCACUGUUAAAGGUCUGAGCUUCGUUCUCUCUUCACGCUCGUCACUAUUCUCUACAACGCCAUUGAUUUACAAAUCACAACGAACUUUUGCCAGAGCGCUCUAAGAAAGUUGAAGUCAAAGCGAUUUGUGUGAACUUUGUGAAUUUGAGUUGAAAUGAUUUGUUUUGUGUUAUAGAAGAAAAACAAGCGUGAACUGAAUUAGGGGCAGAACUCUUAUAACACAGUAUGAGCUAUUCAUAUCACAUUGAAAGUAUAUGUCACAAUAUUGUUAUUUUUGCUUGAUAUUCAAUUUAAAAAAUGGUUCAUAUCUUAAUAACCAUGUAAUAAUGCCUAUUUCGAGAGAAUCCAGUGAAUUAAAUAAAGAAAAAUACGAUUAUUCACAACAGAUUAAUUAAAAAUA